CCCUAUAAUUAGUCUCUGUUAUUUAUCUUGGGUCUUCUCUGCAGCUAAGGGGCCAAGCAAGACCUACUGACAAGCAAGAGUUGACUCCAGGUGAAGGUGCAAUAAUGAGGAAUUUUAUUGUAGUUGUGAAUAUUCUGGCAUUAACUCUGCCCUUUUUGGCUGCCGAGGUACAAAACCCACAUCCAACAGUUGCAGAGGUACAAAAUCAGCAACAACUGGCUUGCCGUGAAAAGCCUGAAAUACUGUACAAUCAGAAAAGAUUCCUGUAUACACCAGUUGGCUAUAUGCUGAAUGGCAAUCUUCCUUAUGAACCUAGUUACUACCACCAGAGGCCAUCAGUUGCUGUUAUCCCAGCAUAUCGCCCAUUUGUUAUGAUACUGCCUCUGCUUAGGUCACUAGCCCAAAUCUCCCAAUGGCAGGCAACACCAAAUUUCCCCCAAUCUACUGGGGUACCUCGUCCCAUUCCAAGCCCUUCUUUUCUUGCCAUUCCUACCAAUAAAAAUGAAGAAAGCACUGUCAUUCCAAAAGUCCAUACCGCUGCUCCUGUUGAGACUACACCAGUUCCCAUCACUGAACCAGUGAUGACUACUACUGUAGCCAACACAGAAGCUUCCACAGUGCUCAUCAAUACCCCCGAGGCUGUCACAGUCCCGGUAUCUUCAACUGCAGCAUAAAAACACUAAGGAACCAUCAAAGAAGAAAAUAAAGGUCUUCCUGAAACCAAAUUCCAACUUCGAGCCUCACCUUCAGCUAUUUGCCUACCAUCAUUCAAGAGAAACAUGAUUUUUCACAGAUUCAGAUGUUUUUCUUCUCCCUUUACAUUUUAUAUUGAGGCCACAGUUAAUUUUUUUUUGCUUUUUUGAUUCAUGCACAAUAAAGUCAAUGAAAUGC